AUGCAAUCAUCGGCUUUGCCUGGAUGCGACAACGGCCCUAUUGACUAUAACAAAAUAGAAAAGCACAUGUCUCAGUUUGGUGGUGGCAAAAUAACCAUGUCCAAAACAUACUGGGAUGAAGGAAUAGCAAUAAUUGAGCUCAACAAUCCGCAAAAGAAGAAUGCAAUUAGUGGUAAGAUGAUGGUAGAGUUACGAAAUAUCAUAAAAGAAUUAGAAGAUUGGGGGGAUGGGGCUGACCUGGACUUCGCCAGAGCAUGUAGCACCCCCCAAGACGGUUUCUACUUGAGCUCAUUAAUGAUGGAUACUUUAUUUAAGUUACGCAAGUUGCCACUCGUAAGCGUUACACUUGCUCACGGGGCAACUAUAGGAGGUGGCGCCGAAAUUGCCAUCCAAAGUGAUUUUGUUCUGGCUUGUGAAGAUAUUAAGCUUGGUUUCGUUCAGGGUCACAUGGGUAUCACUACUGCUUGGGGAGGGGCAACUAGGCUGGUUCAACUCGUUGGUGAAAAGCGAGCCUUGGAUCUACUACUGUCUUCAAAAAUUCUUGACGCCCAGGCAUGCGUAGAAGGUGGUCUGGUUAAGAAAAUUGUUUCAUCUUCGGGGGGAUUAAAUGAAACUCUUCUAUGGACGAAAGAACGCAUUAAACACCACAGGUCAGUGGUUCGAGCCUACAAAUCGAUUAUUGCAACGGCCAGCUGUUGUAAUUACGAAGAAUCAUUUUUAACGGCCAACUCGAGAGCUAAACAGCUUCGAAGUGCUACGAGCAGACCUUACAGCCACAUGCUAAAGUUGCGGCUGGUCUCCACGCAUUUCCUCAAACAGCCGUAG